GUUUCUAUCAGCGAGCAUCCCUAACCGUCACUCCACCAUCUCAUCCUAUUGGACACUUACGCUGCACCUGUUCGACUCACCCGCCAAUCACACGCUUCGGUCUGUGUACUCCAAGAUGGCGGCUUCCAGUGCUCCGUGUCAGACAUCAUCGCAUAUGAAAGCUAAAUAUUACUAUCUGCCGCCCGUGUAAACGCAUGAAGAGGCAGACCAGAAGAAGCCGAGUAGGGCUGAGUUGUCGCCAGUAAAACGCGGAAACUGUUUCCAUAUGGUUUCUUCGCGCGAGGAGCCGGUCUCGGUCUCGGUCUGAAGGGGGUUGUGUUCUCCGAGUAUGGCCACCGAGAACAGGAUCAAUUUUUGGAGGAGAAACGCAAAGGUUCCCGGGAGUGUACAACCAGUUUAUGGAGCACAGCAUCCACCUCUCGACCCACGAUUGCGACGCACGUAUCCCAAAGACACAAAGCCUAAGUUCAACAAUCUCAAAUCUAAAAAGGCCUCUAGCUUCCACGAGUUUGCCCGCAGCACCAAUGAUGCUUGGGACAUCGACGAAGAGGAGGACGAGGAUUUCCUCGGGACCCCCGCCCAAACUUCAUCAGGCCUCCACUCAGUGUCCACACAGAACCAGCAGCAGCAGAAUCAGGCUGUUGACACAGAAACUGGGGUGUCACACAGACUGGCACCUCCCAGGCCAGAAGCUGAAAACCUCCAGGACGGGCAGGAAGAGGACGCAGAGUGCGAGCUUGUCAAUGGCAAGGUUGUCAAGUCUAGUAGUGACGCCUAUCUCAACACGUCGUCAGUUCGCUCCACGCUGCAGAAGCAGCAGUCUCUGCCAGUUCGUCCCAUCAUCCCACUGGUGGCACGCAUGUCAGACCAGAACGCGUCGGGGGCACCGCCCAUGACGGUGCGGGAGAAGAGCCGACUGGAUAAAUUCAAGCAGCUGCUGGCUAGUCCCAACACUGACUUAGAGGAACUCCGGAAGCACAGCUGGUCGGGCAUACCAAGAGAAGUCCGGCCAAUCACAUGGAGACUUCUCUCUGGCUACCUGCCGGCCAACAAGGAGCGCAGAGAGCUGGUGCUAAAGAGGAAGCGAGACGAAUACUUUGGCUUCAUAGAGCAGUAUUACCACUCCAGGACAGACGAGCACUAUAAAGACACAUACAGACAGAUCCACAUCGAUAUUCCAAGAACCAACCCUCUAAUUCCCUUGUUCCAGCAGCCCGUAGUACAAGAGGUGUUUGAGCGUAUUCUCUUCAUCUGGGCCAUCCGCCACCCAGCCAGCGGUUAUGUCCAGGGAAUCAAUGAUCUGGUCACACCCUUCUUUGUGGUCUUCCUCUCUGAGUUUGUCACAGAAGAUGUGGAGAACUUUGAGGUGGCAGCGCUGCCCCUGGACACCCGGAGAAACAUCGAAGCUGACAGUUUCUGGUGCAUGAGCAAGCUGCUGGAUGGAAUUCAGGACAACUACACUUUUGCUCAGCCUGGAAUUCAGAAUAAAGUGAAAGCUUUAGAGGAGCUGGUCAGCAGGAUAGAUGAGGACAUUCACAACCACUUUAAGAGGUAUGAGGUGGAGUAUCUGCAGUUUGCUUUCCGAUGGAUGAACAAUCUGCUGAUGAGGGAGCUGCCGCUUCGUUGCACUAUUCGUCUCUGGGACACCUACCAGGCUGAAUCGGAGGGUUUCUCCCACUUCCACCUGUACGUCUGUUCUGCUUUCCUCAUCGAGUGGCGCAAAGAAAUCCUCUCCAUGGUUGACUUUCAGGGCCUCCUUAUGCUACUGCAGAACCUUCCCACAAUCCAUUGGGGUAACGAGGAAGUGGGUCUCCUCCUGGCUGAAGCCUAUAGACUGAAGUACAUGUUCGCAGACGCACCCAGCCACUACAAGAGAUAGUUCUCACUCUCUUACUCUCACACUCCAUUCUGAAAUCCAACCGGAUUGUGACUGGAAGGACCCUCAGUGUCUGAGCUACUCCAGAUGUCAAGUGUUGUCUUUGAGGUAACCUGGAAGAGACGGA